CAGACUAAAUCCUUAAAAGUAAAUUUUAUUUCUUAUUUCAAAUUAAAAUUCCAACUUCCUAAUUUGUCUAUUUCUAAUUUUUCUUUCCAAAUUUUAGAUUUCGAAAUUAUAUAGUGAAUGUUUAGGGGUUAUGUUUCUCCAGCGCAGCGUUGCUUUAUUACUGGUCUACUACUGGUCGGAACAGAAAAUCCGUACCAUUACAUUAUUGAUUUUCAGUCGUUCUGGUACAAAAGGUCCAAUGCAAAAGAUCCAAACCAAAAGAUCCAAAAAAUUAAAAAUCCAAAAGGACAAAAACUCCAAACAAAAAAAAUAUUUUCUAUUGUUUUUAUUUUAUUUUUUUUAAUUUAAAAAUUGCAAAAAAAAUAUAUGUUCUAUUGUUUUUAUUUUGGUAUGAAGUUGUUACAGAAGUAAUCUGAAUGUCAUUAAAUUUGUAGUCUGCAUUUUUGAACAUUACAUAUUCCAAAUUUUUAGUUUAUUUUUAAAAUGGCUACUGCGAGUCAAAAUUUAGAAGUUGAAGUAAUAAUGAAGGGUAGAGUUCGAUAUUUACAUGUAAAUGGUUUUUUAUAUACAAAACAUUCAAGUGGCGUUGAAGGAAAAAUUUAUUGGCGAUGUAGAAGUAAGGGUCAGUGCGGGGCAAGAGCAACUACAAUUACUACCGGACAUACAUUGAAUCUUGUUUCUGGAGGAGAAAUGUUACAGGAAAUGUACAACAAUCCAAACGACGAUAGUAUUCGAGAAGCGUCACGAAGCAUGUGCGCUUUGGCGUUUGUACGACCGGAAGAUGUGCCUGCAGUUUUUGACUUGUUCUUGGAUCAAGUACCGGAGGAUUUUGUACCUAUAGCGGAAUACUUUGAGGUGUGGUAUAUUCGUGGAAAACCUGCAAGAGGCAGAAGGAAAGCCGUUUCCGUUCGAUAUGCCCCUAUAUUAUGGAAUCAUUAUCAAGCUGUCAAUCAAAGAAUUUCAAGAACUAAUAACGCGUCAGAGGGCUGGCAUAACAGAUUUCAAGUUGUUCUUGGUCGAUAUCAUCCUAGUCUCUAUGCUUUUCUAAAUGAAUUACAACAAGAACAGGGCGACACAGAAUGCAUGAUUAAUCAGCUCAAUCUGGGUCAAAAAAUACGAACACUACCUACAACGCACUUUCAAAAGAUGGAGGAAAAAGUUAUUAGUAUUGUAUCACAGUAUCAAAAUUACGUUGAUGAAAAUCGAGAAAUAGAUUACAUUAAAGCGCUUGGACACCAUUUGCAUUUUUAAAUAAUUUUACAUAUUUUGGACAAUUUGCAAUUUUGGACUUUUUGUACUCUUGGAUUUUUUGUACUUUGGAUAAAAAAAUUUUUGGACCUUAUGGAUUAGACCUUUCGUCUUGGAUCUUUCGGAUUGGAUCUUUUGUACCCCAAUCUUUUCAGUACUUAGCCCAAGCCAGAAGCGUUACCUGCCGAUGUUGGACACGUAAUAGGCCAAUAUGAAAGUCAAUACUUGUUAAAAUUUUUUCGUACUGAACCAGUAAUGUGCCUAUAGUCAAUUUCUACCUGGGUGAUUACAUAUGCUUAAUACAUCAGUGAAUUGAAUAGAACAAAAAAUACAAAUUAGAAAAAUCUUAAUAAGUAAUUUUAGUUAUAACUUGAUUACUUUUUAAUAUUUAAAAUGUUUUAUGCAAUUAUAUCAUUAGAAUUGUACUAAAUAUGGAAAAUAUGAAGCACUUUGCUAUUAAAUUUUAUUUUUUAUUGCAUUGAAACAUCCGGGUCCCUCGGACCCACCUUGUGCGCGCAUUUCAAAAAUCGAACUCGAGCCUGUGAGGGUUAAUAGCAAAGAAAUGGCGACUGUAAAAAAAUCUCGCAAAUCUGGUUGACAUGAUAUCUCCAGCCAGAAGAGACAGAAUCAAAAAAUUCAA